CUCUGGACCCCUUUGCCGUCAUAUGCAGUCCGUAUAAUAAACUUGACUCUGGUGGUCCCGCAAGAUAAAGUCGCACCUAGGAAUCCACAACACCGUCUUUAGCUGGGGUGCCGCGGUGAGGCGCACGCAGGUCCUGGGGGAGCUCCGAUGACGAUUGAUCCGCAGCUCCUCCAUUCGCCGUCAACUCUCACAGACUUCACAACACCGCCAGGCCUACACUUGAACCUCGCUGGCUAUCUCCGCGUCCCCGCAUUCAACCGCUCCACACGUUAUGCUGGUGUCGACGCAAGAGCAGCAGCUCUGUGCCCUACUUUGCGAGCUGCCCAAGCGCUACGACUGUCUCUACACCGACGAAGCAAAGCGAGAGCUCAUCCAAGGCCUCUUCCGAUCUCUUGCCGCCCACAAAGCCGACUACCUCUCGCUAUUGUUCCCUGGCGGGCCGCCCUCAGACCCAGAAACGACGUGGAGCUUGCGCGACGCCCAAGGCGCUGUCGAGGGGGCCGAAUACACUGCCGCGGCACGGGGAAAGCCAUGUGGGCACAUUUUCAAGAGUGGCGAGGCCACGUAUAGGUGCAAAACGUGUACAACCGACGAUACCUGCGUGCUGUGCGCUCGCUGCUUCGAUGCCUCAGACCAUGAUGGCCAUCAGAUAUUCAUCAACAUCUCCCCCGGAAACUCGGGUUGCUGUGAUUGUGGUGAUGAUGAAGCCUGGGUCCGCCCUGUACAUUGCAAUAUCCACUCGGCCUUGCCUGAUGCCGGCUCGAAAGCUGCCGGGAAGGCGAAAGAAGGCUCUUCGCUCCCAGCUGAGCUCCUUGAGAGCAUUCGCUUGACCAUUGCAAGAGCCCUUGACUAUCUUGUGGACGUAUUCUCAUGCUCUCCGGAACAGCUUCGCUUGCCCAAGACAGAAGAAUCAGUGCGCGAGGAUGAGCGCACCUCACGGCUAAUAGCACAUUGGUAUGAUCCCGGAGACCAACCGGAGCCGAACCAGAAGUUUGCCUUGGUACUCUGGAACGACGAGAAGCAUACUGUCAAUGAUGUACGGGACCAAGUUGCCCGGGCAUGCAAACAGAAGCUUGCCUUCGGCUUAGCCAAGGCGUAUGAAGUUGACGAGAUCGGUCGUAGUGUCGUUACAUAUUCCACCGACAUCAAGGAACUAUUAAGAAUGGCCAAGAUCAUCGAAGACAUCAAACUAACGGUUACAAUCCGGUCCGCUCGAGACACAUUCCGUGAGCAGAUGGCUGGAACCAUUGUCGAAUGGAUAUCCGAUAUUGCCGGAUGCAGCGUGGGACCUGACAGCCAAGUACUCCGUCGUACCGUGUGCGAAGAAUUCUUGAAGCCAUGGAGGGUCGGCAGUGUGGCAUCGCAUGAAAGCAUUGGAAAGGAUGGUCUUGAUGACCACGAAGUGGAAGAAAUGGAGGCAGAGAUCGGUGGUGAAGUCCUCCGCCAGUUCAUGGCGAUGGAAAGACAAGCAGCAAGGCCUCCACGACAGCGAGGCGGGCAGAAUACUGCCAAUGAUGACACCACGGGAUCAGAUGAGGACGAGACAGAAGACCAGACAGGUGAGGGCGACAGCGCUGGUGAUGCGGCGGAACGCAUGGACAUCGACGAAUUGGCUGCGGCCGUUGCUCCAGAUCGAGAUGGCGACGUGGAGAUGGAGCCUUAUGAUAGUCCGGAUGAAGCUCUGGAUAUUUCUGGAGCUACUAUUGCAGGACACCCAGCGUAUGCACCUCCCCCCGACGACGGACGGCGGCCCGCAGGCAACCUGACACCUGUGGACUCAGACACUGAGCCCGCCGCUGCAGCACCUCCCUUGCACCAUGCAGAACCCUCGAUGUUAGUACCAGAGACCCCGCGGAUACACAACAUACCGACCAAACGUUUGCUCCCCCCGAGGUAUUGGCUCGAAACGCCGGAAAGCUUUGGAAAGAGGCCGGGCAUUCCUCCUCAUGAAGAUAUUUGGCAACGCUUGCGUCUCGAUCAUUUGAUUCUUUAUGAUUUGAGGAUGUGGAAGAACCUCAGAAUAGGAGUGCGAGACGUCUUCAUAAGCACGGUUGUCACGAUUCCUGAAUUCAAGCGACUGCUAGGCCUGAGGUUCGCUGGAGUAUACACCGCACUGGCUCAGCUCUACCUUAUUGCAGACAGGGAACCGGACCACUCCAUUAUCAACUUAUCAUUACAAAUGCUUACAACGCCGUCCAUCACAGCUGAGGUGGUUGAGCGGGGCAACUUCCUGACGAAUCUUAUGGCAAUAUUGUACACCUUCCUUACCACUCGCCAGGUCGGUUAUCCUUGGAAUAUCAACCCCACUGCCACUUUGGCUUUCGAACAAGGGGCUGUAACGAACCGACGGAUGUACCAUUUCUUCCUGGACAUGAAGUAUCUUAUUGGCUCGGCGUAUGUUCGAGAACGGAUACGGGAAGAAGAGCGGUAUCUGCUUCAAUUCCUAGACCUCGUGAAGCUCCAUCAAGGCAUUUGUCCCAACGUUCGCUACGUGGGCGAGCAUGUGGAGUAUGAGAGUGAGGCGUGGAUCAGCGCGUCUCUGAUCACUCGGGAAAUCAAUAAGCUGUGCAGACAGUUCUCUGAGGCUUUCGUAUGGCGUCCGGACGAAGAUCCGACAAACAUAAGGCGCGCCAUCCGUGCAGCAGCUAGGGUUGCCAUAAUCAACUCUUUGGGGGUGGAACGGAAACGCUUCGAUCAAGCCGAGUUGAAAUCGGAGACGAAGUUCAAGACUCUGGAAGUUUUCGAAUUCGAUGCUGAUCCUGCUACUUUUAUGGGAACAUCAUACAAAGUGGUCGAUUACAUUGUUUCGCAGCAGUGCAUGAGUUUCCAUCAUGCCCUACACUACAUGCUAUCCUGGCUCAUUGAUCGCGCACGCAGUAUGCCUCGAGAUGAUUUGCUUGGCUUACUCCUGUUCACUCAGCCGGAACUGCAGGAACCUCCAACCGCCCUAGCCGCACCUAUACCCGACUACUUGCCCGAAGAAUAUCUGUUGGCUCUCUUUGACCUCCCUCUCAGAGUGUGUGCAUGGCUGGCUCAGAUGAGGGCAGGACUAUGGGUGAGAAAUGGCAUCACCCUACGCCAUCAGAUGACCCAGUACAGGAGCGUAUCCCAGCGAGACACAUCAUACCAAAGAGAUAUAUUUUUGUUACAAACCGCCCUGGUAUUGUGCAAUCCAUCAGCCUUUCUGGCACAGAUGGUUGAUCGCUUUGAUGUCCUGGGCUGGAUGACUGGCAAGUACAGCCGGGAAGAAAUCAAGCAUGAGGACAGAUUCGAGGACACACAGGUCAUUGAGAUAGUGGAGGAUUUUGUACAUCUUCUCGUGAUCCUUUUAAGCGACCGCACGCAUCUUGUGCCGGCUGAAGAUGACGUUGACCCGCACAUCACGGCGAUACGGAAAGACAUCGCCCAUGUUCUGUGUUUCAAGCCGCUCUCUUUCUCGGACUUGACUAGCCGCUUAUCCGACCGCGUUCAGAACGCGGACGAGUUCUCAGAUAUAUUGAACGAGAUGACAACGUUCAGAGCUCCGGAGGGACUGUCAGACACGGGCACUUUUGUUCUGAAGGAGCAGUAUAUCGAGCUGAUCGAUCCUUAUAUCCACCAAUACACCCGGAAUCAACGCGAAGAAGCGGAGACAAUCUAUAAGAACUACAUGGCGAAAAAGACCGGCAAACAAGCCGCUGACAUCGUUUUCGAACCCAGGCUCAAGCCUAUCCCCUCCGGAGUAUUCCAACAUCUCUCGGAUUUCACAAGGCAACCGCUAUUUACCCAGAUUAUUUAUUACUCGCUGGGAUAUGCCUUGGUCGCGUCGUCCGUCACUCCGAGUGUACCAGCAACCCGCGUUGAAUCCUACGUGUCGUUUGUGCUUCAACUCCUCCUCGUGGCCAUCCUCGAAGACAGAUCUGAGCAGCAUGAAUGGUCUCAAUCCGCACCAGGUUCAUUCGCCACCUCUGUGCUCACAAAACGUGCCAAUGUCGGCCUUCCUGAUCACCCAACCAUUCUCUCAUUGUUGAAAACGUUAUUGGAGCGAGAAGAGUUCAAAUCUUGUGAACCCAAGAUCAAGCUGAUUUUGCAUCGCUUGAGACAGCGGCAGCAGAACACCUUUAUAGUCGCUUCUGAAGCUCUGCACCUCCCUGCUGACCGCUUGGACACAGCUUCGCCUGCAUCUAUCACCCUUCAGGAGAAGGAAUUGAAGAAAAAACUAGCCUUGGAAAGGCAAGCCAGGGUCAUGGCGUCAUUCAAGGAGCAACAAGGCAAAUUCAUGGCAAAUCAAACGUUUGAUUGGGGAGAUGUGAGUGACAGUGACUCCGACGUUGGCGCAGGCGGGUCUGGGACAGAGACGGAGAAAAUCGUGAAGUAUCCAUCAGGUACUUGUAUCCUUUGCCAGGAGGAGACUAACGAUCAGCGUCUCUACGGAACGUUUGGAUAUGUGUCACAGAGUGCUCUACUUCGACUUACGGACCUCAAAGACGAUGAUUGGGUUGAAGAGGUGACCCAGACGCCAACAAGCCUGGAUCAUUCCGCAGAAGCGAUCCGGCCCUUUGGCGUGGCAGGAAAGAACAGACGCAUGGUCGAAAAGAUCACGUCCACCGGUGAGCGGGUGCUUGCAGAACGACAAGGUCUUGGUAAGGGGUUCCCAUGCACGCAGACAAAGCGCGGUCCGGUGUCGACCGGUUGUGGUCAUAUCAUGCAUUACUCUUGCUUCGAGGUCUAUCUCCAAGCCACGCAAAGGCGCCAUGUCAGCCAGAUUGCUCGAAACCACCCUGAACGACCGGACUUCAAAGAAUUCAUGUGUCCACUCUGUAAAGCGCUUGGGAACAUGUUCCUUCCCAUCAUCUGGAAGGGCAAGAAGGUCUCAUAUCCCGGCGUCUUGGAGACCCAGAAUUUGUUUGACGAUUGGUUAGCGGUGAGGGCUGUUACUGAAAGCUCAAAGGGGGACAAGGGUCCGGGAGAUGUUUGGGACGCCUCGGUGGAGCGCGCUCAUUUGGAACGUGCCUUGCUGGACUAUGGCCUCCAGGAGUUCAUUGAGCCCGUCGCGAAGCGCCUUCCUGACAUAGUCACCCCUGGCUUCAUCAGUAUGCCUGUCCCCCAACCCCCGCCGACUCAUCGAUUCCAGAUUCCGGCAUUUUUGCCUAUACAGCAUGAGGAUCCGCGUGACCCCGUUGUCCUACCUCCGGAGAGUACCUCAACAUCGCAGCACAAUCUCUCCAUCUCGGAACUUGUAAGAGUGUACCAGCGGCUGCGGGAUACGUUCCGGGUCAACGCGAUACCUUCGUCAUUCUCGUACCCUCAUACCCCGGCAUCGGUGAUCGAAGACCUAACGCACACGGACUCCCUAGCUCGGGCUUUAGGGUAUUCUAUCGCAGCGGUUGAGAUUGCUCAACGAGGAAUAGAUUCAGACCAUCCACGAGGAACACUACUUGACAAAAUCUCCCCUCAGUCACUGACUCACCUACGCGUCUACUCGGAAACAAUCUUAUCCUACAUUGCUGUGGGAAGCAUAAGAAGUCAGGGCUCCACGAAGACUCUAGACGAGUUCCUUGAGACCCAAACCAGACAACUUCGACAACUCUUCCCAGGGAAGCCGAAUAAUUUGCCGUUUGAAUUGAAGGGCAUUGCUCCUUUGCUCGUCCAGGAUCCGUUCAUGUUCCUCUCGGAAGCCUCUGUUUGCCUUGUACCUGCCCAAGGCUUUGAUAUUCAUCACGUCCUUCACCUGUGCUACAUUGCAGAGAUGGUCCGAGUGGUUUUGGCCUUUGGGUCGGAAAGUCUUGAGGUAGAAGCGACGGGAUCCCGCUUCCAGAACCCGGAGAAGUUCAUCAACCCCGAAAAGAAGGUGGACAGCCGGAACUCCGGUGGGGAGGCUGAGAAAUUGAAGGACCUCCAGCGAUUCGUCGCCUGGAUCUACCACAUGGCCGAUGUGGAGGUUCCAAUUGUCGAUGUGGAGAACGGGGCUGUCCCCGUUCCCGAGCGUCUCAACGACCGCAAUUUCCUCGACUUCAUCUACACAAUGGCGUCUACAUAUGCUCUGACGUUUGUCCGCAAGGCCGCCAUCCUCAUGCACGUCCGCUACGGUGUGGAGCUACCCCCCGUCGCGUCGGAACUGGCCGACCGUCCAGAACUCGUGCGGCUCUCCUCCCUUCUUAAACUACCCAGCCUCGACGAGAUGUUCAAGGCAUUCAACUCGACGGCCCAAUCGGGAAACGUGACGCGGUACGUCGUGUACGUGUGGAUCCGGCAUUGGAUGUGGGCGCGCGAAGGCAAGCGCGGUGCGCAACCCAGCAUAUCGCUGGCUCAUCCGGGGAUCUUCGAGCUGGUGGGGUUGCCGAAGAACUACGAUAGCCUGACGGAUGAGGCGAUUCGGCGCCGGUGCCCGACGACGGGCAAGGACGUGACGGAUCCGUGCGUGUGUCUGUUCUGCGGGGAGAUUAUGUGCAGUCAGGGGGUGUGCUGUAUGACGGACGGGCACAAGGGGGGUUGCAACAAGCACCAGGCCAAGUGCGGCGGUACGGUUGGGCUCUUCAUCAACAUCCGCAAGUGCAUGGUACUCUUCCUCAACCAGAACAACGGCACGUGGGCGGUGGCGCCGUAUCUGGACAAGCAUGGCGAGGUGGAUCCGACGUUGAGGCGCCACCACCAGCUUUUCCUCAACCAGAAGCGGUACGAUGUGCUGCUCAGGAAGGUGUGGCUGGAGGGAGGCAUCCAGAGCCUGAUUGCGAGGCGGUUGGAAGGCGACAUCAACAAUGGUGGCUGGGAGACUCUGUGAGGGAGGAGCAUCGACAUUUCGGCAUGGAUUCAGGAGUCUUUGGAUGGAGUAGGGAGUUGCUCAUUCGUGCUUCAUUUCCAAGCAUGACAUGUCAUUGUUUCCCAGUAGAUUCCAAGCAGCAAUUCCGUCCGAGGACAAAAGGAUCUUACCUCGAACAUCACUGCCCAUGUUCGUCAAAAUAUGCCGGGUAGCAAGUCGAGCAACGCCACACCAUAGCAGAUGUAUCAGCUCAUAUAAUCAACAAUGAGUGAUUGCGUGGUAACGUAUGGGGGUGAUGUCGAGCAGCAAAAUGACAGAGCAUGAAUCGUC